AUGAAAACUACAAAGUCCUGCAAGAGGUACAAAAGUGUGAAGCGGCACUCCAGCAUCUACACAUACCAGGAGCCACCCCUGCUCAGUAACUCAGACGAUGAUAAUGGUGAUGAAAAGGUUGACAGCAAAGACCCAGAACAGAUCUUCCAGAAUAUCCAGUUCCAGAAGGAGACUGUGGCAAACAUCCGUUGUAGACCGUGGCCAAUGAGACAGAAACUACGGGCACUCAGGCAAGCAAGAGAGAUUGUGCUGAAGUAUGAAGGGAGGCUCACCAGAACAAGAGGCUACCAAGCAGCUGGUGCUGAGCUCUGGAAGAAGUUUGUUCGGCUUGCAUAUAAUUUUCUGGUGAUUUUUGUUCCUUGGGAAAUGAGAAUAAAGAAAAUUGAAAGUCAUUUUGGAUCUGGAGUUGCCUCCUACUUCAUCUUUCUGAGAUGGCUAUUUGGAAUCAAUAUUGUGCUUACCAUAAUGACAGGAGCAUUUGUAGUCUUACCAGAGCUCCUGGCGGGAGCACCCUUCGGCAACAAGACCAUUCCCACGGAACAGUUGGCAACAGCACAGGACCUGGACACCAUCUGGUCUCUGGGGGGUUACCUCCAGUACUCUGUCUUGUUUUAUGGCUACUAUGGCCGGGACAGGAAGAUCGGGAAAGCUGGGUAUCGGCUGCCCCUGGCCUAUUUCCUGGUUGGAAUGGCAGUGUUUGCUUAUAGCUUCAUCAUUCUCUUAAAGAAAAUGGCAAAGAACUCCAGAAUGAGUCUGGCAAGCGCCUCUGAUGAAAAUUACACUUUUUGCUGGAGAGUGUUCUGCGCUUGGGACUAUUUAAUAGGAAAUCCUGAGGCUGCAGAAAGCAAAGCAGCUGCCAUAGUUAAUAGCAUCAGGGAAGCUAUUUUGGAAGAGCAGGAAAAGAAGAAAAGCAAAAACCUGGCAGUGACAAUAACCUUAAGGAUUAUUGCAAACAUCCUUGUGCUGCUUUCCCUCGCUGGGAGUAUCUACAUUAUUUACUUUGUGGUGGAUCGAUCCCAAAAGCUAGAACGUACCAAAAAGGAACUGACACUCUGGGAAAAAAAUGAGGUGAGUGUUGUUGUUUCGCUAAUUACUAUGCUUGCACCCUCUGCAUUUGAACUUGUGGCAGCACUGGAGAUGUAUCACCCUCGGACCACUCUUCGCUUUCAGCUUGCCAGGGUUCUUGUUUUAUAUCUGGGGAACCUUUACAGUUUAAUCAUUGCUCUGUUGGAUAAAGUGGAUAGCAUGAGCAUUGCUGAAUUUGAAGCUAACAGCAGUGCAAGUUACUGGAUACCUUCCACCACUACUUUAAUCACCAAAAAACUUUUCAAAGAAAACUUGUCUACAAUGGUCCCUGAUAUAAAUGGCAGUAGAAACAGCACGUUCAGUCUGGAAGACAGUCGCACUCCAAACUAUGCAACACCAGUCACACCACUUAACCAGACAGUUUCCUAUGCCUAUAACACUCAUAAUAAUCCAAAUCAGUGCUGGGAAACAUAUGUUGGUCAAGAAAUGCUGAAGCUGUCAAUUAUCGACAUGAUUUUCACAGUGGCAAGCAUUCUGUUAAUAGACUUUUUCCGCGGACUUUUUGUCAGAUAUUUAAGUGAUUGCUGGUGCUGGGAUCUAGAAAGCAAAUUUCCAGAAUAUGGAGAAUUCAAAAUUGCUGAGAACGUGCUUCAUUUGGUAUACAAUCAAGGAAUGAUUUGGAUGGGAGCCUUCUUUUCACCCUGCCUCCCAGCAUUCAAUGUUCUUAAGUUGAUUGGUCUGAUGUACCUGAGAAGCUGGGCAGUGUUAACUUGUAAUGUACCACAUCAACAGGUUUUCAGAGCUUCAAGAUCCAACAACUUCUACUUAGCUAUGUUGCUGUUUAUGUUGUUCCUAUGCAUGUUACCAACAAUUUUUGCUAUUGCCAGAUAUAAGCCAUCUUUAAGCUGUGGUCCAUUUAGUGGACAAGAAAAAAUAUAUGAUAUUGUGUCUGAAACAAUUAAAAGUGAUUUUCCUGCAUGGUUCAAUGCAGUGCUUACUUACGUCAGCAGUCCUGUAGUUGUUCUCCCUGCAUUAUUACUCCUGUUCAUGCUAAUUUAUUACCUUCAGAGUAUUGCAAGGUCAUUAAAAUUCACCAACAAUCAACUGAGAUUGCAGAUCCAAACUGAGAGAACUGAAGACAAGAAAAAGGUGGUUCAAAUGGCAGUAGCCAGAAUCCAGAAUCUAGAGGGAAAUGACAAAAGGCCAGACCAGGAGAGUGAUGUCAUCAGUCAGGAAUCUUCAGUUCGGUCAUCAACACCUCGAAAGAACGGCAGUGUCUUGAAUUUUGAAUCCCCAGUGAACAAAGGCAGCAGAAUACAAACCAUCUCACAAUCUGUACUGCAAGCUGAUGUUGCUAGGCCAGCAAAUAUUACUCAAGCAACUUCGACCCCUUUAACUCCAACUCCCACUGUUCCCAGUGUACAGAAACCCAGAGCUGAGCAGGCUGCAAAUCGUGUUGUACAUGGCAGUGCAAGCGAUCUCUGUAAAACAAAGCCCUACACUCCUGUGGCUUUCAAAAAGCACGUUGAAGACGUUCACUCUGAGCCUCUCUUUAGAAAAGGCAUCCGACAGAUAAAUCCAGAUGCUGUUGGGGCGGGGGCUCCAGUGUUUGUUGGACACAGAGCGCACACCACCAGGUAUUUUAUUGUUAAUGAACAUGAAUCCCGCAAAAAACUUCUCCGUUCCACAUCCCGGCUGCCAAGGCAUUUCCGAAUGGAUGAGUCAGGAGACAUAAUUGAGCUAUAUCCAAGAAAUGUCAGAAGAUACGUGGUUCGAACACCACGCAGGACAUAUUCCCCUCACUUCAGUGAAGAGGAGGAAGAAGAGGAGGAAUUAAGGAGGGACUUGGUAAACAGAUCCCACCGUCCACGUUCACUCUCAGAUCUCCGUGCAGCUCCCCGAUUUUACAUUGGGGAACGUGCUGACAGUCAAAUUCUUACUAGCAAGGAUCUCUCCAAAGUGCAUUACAAGUCCUGGGAUGACGGCUUUGAGCUAGAGCUAGAACAGCCCCCACACUCCUACAAAAAGCCACACACAAAAAACGUUGAACUUGAUAAGCACUAUCCAGAGCAUCAUGUGAAACCUAAAUCCAAGCACAAGCUUGAGCACUCUCUAACCGAGUCGGAUUCCAUUUCCGUUGGCUCUAGCAGUGACCAACAAAACAGCAGUAAUGAUCAAUACAUUCAGGUCAUACACAGUAAGGACAAGUACCUGAAAUCUGGGGCAAAGCUUACCAGAAAGAAAUCAAAGACUAGUGUUGACCUAAACAUGUCUGAACCAAAUGAACUGAUCUGUUCAAAUGUCUAAAAUAGUCUGCAAUCAUUUUUAUUGUGAAUGUAUGUAUUUGCAGAUCUUUGGCUGCCAUU